ACGAAAUGAGAUUCAUAAAGUGAUGAGCACCGCUUAUAUGGAGAAUACCAAUUUCGAGCCAAGUUCCAAGAGUAAGAGCCAAGUUCCGGCGACGUUCCUAGUACAGCCCUGGUGUAUAUCGGGAAUAUGAGGGUAGACCUUCAAAUGAACAAAUCAUCUCAGUCAGUGAGGAAGUCGAACGUCGCGUGGCUACGAGUGAGCGGGUCGCUUGGACGUUUGAAGUGCCGGUAUCGUGCCUCCGUGUUCAAUUAGAGUUGACGGUACCAACCAACAUGGAACUCAAUUUCAUAACAACGUUGAUAAAACAUGACGUGAACCAUAACGUUAAAGAGUGCUUUAAAACCAACAAACCUUUUGUAAGCAGAAAAGAAGAAGUAAUGGCGAUAAAAAAUAAAUUUCCUACAAAAAUACCGUUAAUCGUCGAAAGAUAUCAUAAAGAAAGAUGUUUACCCAUCUUGGACAAAUCAAAAUUCUUAGUGCCUGAAGAUAUCACUAUGUCGCAGUUCCUAGUCAUAAUAAGAAACAGGAUAAGAAUCAAACCAAACCAGGCCCUGUAUCUGAUAAUCAACAAUAGAUCAAUGCUGAGCAUGAGUCUUACGAUGGCGCAGGCGUAUGAAAAUUACGGAGACGAAGACGGAUUUCUGUACAUCACGUAUGCGUCCCAAGAAGUAUUCGGAUACAAAGAUGAUAUGGAAGAAUCGGAAAAUGAAGCAGAAGCAAUUAGACAUAGGUUUCCAAACAAAGUUCCGUUGUACGUGCAAAGAUUUGUGCGUGAACGAGAAGUGCCAGCCUUGAACAGAAAGAAGUAUCUAGUGCCACAAGAGCUCACAAUGUCACAGUUUCUGUUCAUCAUUCGAACAAAGAUGAAACUCAGAGAUACACAGGCCUUGUACCUGAUCGUGAACGACAGUGUGCUAGCAAGUCAUAGCAUGACGAUGGAGCAGGCUUACCAACAGUUUAGAUCUGAGGACGGCUACCUUCACAUCACAUAUGCAGCACAGCAGGUGUUUGGAUGAGCAUUGUACAUAUUCGGGCUGGUUUGGCAUCACAACGGAAGUUCCUUUGAUUGUCUGAUGAUUUGAAGACUGAUAGUAUUUCCAUUUAAUUUGUGAUAACUGCGAGUAAGAAUAGGGUAAUUAAAUUUUAAAUGAGAACAAAUGUUGUUUACUUCGGGUGAGGGGUUACUGAAAUUUUAUUUAAUACAGUCAGGCCGAAGUUGUAAACUCUUUUGUUUUAACUGUACUUAUUGUAAUUUGGUGUAACAAAGUGUACUAAAUAAUUUGUUGGCUACGCCUUUCUGAGAAUACAUUCAGAAUUGUUUUGUUAUCGUCUUUGUAUGUACAAACAAAUACAAAGACGAUAAUAAUUAUUUGCUAAUAAUUAAGUAUAAUACAUUGUAGUAACGUAUUUUUAAAUGUGCAAUAGUAAGAACAAAAUUAAAGCUGAUCUCAAUAAAACGGACAUGUAAUUAAACUCCGUAAGAUGUAUAUAAGUGCUUUUAAUAUUUUUACUAAUUUCUU